AUGCUCGACGUGCGCCAUGGCCCCAAACGCGGUACUUUGAAUCCUCUCCCGUGGAAAGAGGUCCCAAAGAACGGCGAAUACUCGAGUGAAAGCGCAACAGCCUUGGUUGUCAUUCAUGACCAAGAAGACGAAAGUCUCGUGAGCCUGUUCAGAGACAGGAAAACACCAUGCAUGGGCAGUUUCCUUUUUACGGCAGCCGGGAACGACGCAGACGUCUUUCCUGUUGAACGAAUCAAGCGUGGUAUCAACAGGCUGCUAUUGGACAAGGUAUUCAAUGCCACACCGGCUGGAGCUUGUCGUGCGGUUGACACUCUGCAGAAUAUUCCACGGUUCGUGCUCAUCGCCCAUGGCAACACAGUCCCGAUAGUCCAAGCGAUGGUUGCCGCCGACUUUUGGGGAGAUUUGGGCAAAACAUCAGGCAUUGCUUUGCUCAGAUCAUCACCGACAUCUCUGCAACCGCAGAGCCAGGAUCAAGCCACCAGCUGUCCAAAGUUCGACAAACUGUUCGCUCGGAAGAAAGACAAAGAGGGCCGGCCCAUGGUCAGGUACUUCAACACGAUUUCGGAUCUGUCACCCGAACAACGGAAAGACGUCCUGGAUUUCAUCGAGCUCUCCUGUCAACGCGACCCGUUCCCGCCGGCGGAUGUGAGCUCAGCACCCCCGCCCCGCCGCGUCCCAUCCCGAGUACCAUCCAAGGCCCCCAGCUCAUGGCAGACCCCAUUACGAGCUACCCCCAACGACUCCUCCUCCUCCCCCUCCUCCCCAUCAUCCUCCCCCUACAUCCCCGACGCCCACCACAUCCUCUCCCACAGCCCCUAUAGUUAUACACCCAGCCAACCCCCCACCCCAACAUCCCCAACGUCCCCACCACCACCGCCACCACCACCACCACCCCCCCAAACCACCCCCCAAGCCCCCGCCCCCUCCUCCUCCCCGGCCCACGCCCACGCCCUCGCCACUGCCUCCCGCUUCUUCGCCUCCUGGAACAUGCCCAAAGCCCACGACUGGUACACGCGCGCCCUGCACCUCCUACGCGGCGCCAGCCUCCCCCAAUCCUCCCAAACCGACACCCAAACCGACACCCACACCCACACCCAUCCCGACCCCCUCUCCCUCGCCCUCGCCACCACCGAGCUCCACCUCGCCAUGACGCGCCUCCGACUCGGCGAUCUUACGGGCGCGCGGGCCGCGCUGCUCGAAUUGCAGCGGCGGGUCGAGCUGGAGAGGAAGAGUAGUAGCAGUAGCAGUGCUACUAUUACUAUGUCGGACGCGGGGUACGGGCGGUUGUGGGUGGGGAUACUGCUGAGCAGGGCGCAGGUGUGUUGGGGGGUGGGUGAGUUUGGGGAGGUGAGGGGGAGGUUGGAGGGGUGGUUGGCCGGUGGUGGUGGUGGUGCUGGGAUUGGGGGCGUGGGUGGGGAUGGGGAUGUGGGGACGGAGGGAGAAGAGGAAGGAAGGCUGGUGGCGGGGGAUGUGCUGGCGGGGUUGUGUUUGGGGUUUGGGUGGGUGGAGGAGGCGGCGGGGAGGGUGGAGGCGGAUUUGGGGGAUUGGGAGGGGUUGGUGGGGAGGCGGGUGGGGGAGUGGGUGGAGGUGGUUGGGGAGGUGGUGAUGGAGCGGGAGCGGGAGCUGGAGCUGUUGGGAGAUGGGGGACCGCGGCGGCGGGAGCGGUGGGAAGAGAGGGUGAGAGUGUUGAGGGGGUGUGUGGAGCGGGGGCGGUGGGGGGAGGCGAGGGAGGUGAGGGAGGGGGUUUUGAGGGAGGUGCGGGCGUGGCUGGAUCCUGGGGGCGGGGGGGAGGGGGAUGCGGUGCGGCGGUGGCGGGAGAUUGAGGAAGUGGAAAGCCGGUUGGAGCGGGUUGAGAGGGGGAGGUUGGACUGCGGGUUGCUGCAUGCGAGGGUCUGCUACGAGAUGGGGCAGUAUGAGACAGCGCUGGAGAUCAAUGGGGCGACCCUUGAGGGUAUGCGGGCGGUUUGGGGACCGAAGCAUGUGGUGACGCUGAGGUCUGUCCAUCUCGAUGCUGCGAUACAGUUGCUUGGUGGGAAGCUGAAAGAGGCCGGCACUAGGUGCAUGGAGGCACUCGACCACCUGAGGGAAAAGCUGGGCUGGAACCAUUACAGGGCGAUGGAUGUACUGAAUACCUUGGUCCAGCUGUACUGCGCUGAAGGGCGUUGGAGCGAUGCUGAAGAGCUUGCUACCUACGUCGUCGCGCAGAAUAGGGACGGCCUGCCCGAAAGCCAUCCGCAGACCAUCGAAAGCGAGGGCAACUUGGCCGAAGUUUUGGACCUGCUGGGCAAGUCAGCGAGGGCGAGGGCCUUGCAGAUUCAGGUUCUCGAGCAAAGCGAGAGGAUGCUUGGACCCAACCAUCCCAUCACGGUGCUCAACAUGGCACGCCUGGCCACGAUGAACCACAAUGUAGCCGCAUUCAAGGAGACGGGCACGCUUAUCGAGAGGUUCGAAAGCAUCAUGAAUGGACUCGAUCGGGCCAGGACAAGAUACAAGAGUAUAACCUAUGCAAUGGCCAAGGAAAAGUUUGGAGUCCUUGUAAGACGCCACGCUCUCUAUCUGAGAGACGAAGGAAGCGCGCAUGCGGACAAAUUGAUGACUAUUUCAUCCAAGUUCCUUGGUCUGGCCGUCGAACAUCUCGGUUCCGUCCUUCCCAAAGGGCAUUCAAGGAUUCUCUCGGCAGAUUUCGAAAGACUAUUGACCGAAAGAGACAGUUCAGAAGGACCCAUUUCAGAGAAGACUUUGGUCGACCUUCAGCUGUUGCUCCGCAAAAUGUCUGCAGAACUGGGAUCCGCGCAUCCACUGGUCUUGGCUGGAGGCCAUGAGAUGUCGGUGACGUUUUGCUUAAUGGAGAAGUGGGAGGAAGCAAAGGAGAGCGCAGAAAGGACGUUUGAGGCCCGAGAUGAAAUUUUGGGAAACACUCAUUCCGAUGUCCUUCAGAGCCAAAUGCUUCUGGCCAAGAUAUACCUGUCUCUCGGGCAGCUGCAUGAGGCAGGAUCGCUGCUUUCGGACCUGAAGCUGAGGGAGAAGAAGGUUUCGAGCGAGGGGCAACGCUUCGAUUUCCUGGAAGUGGACAGUACCCUUGCGUCUGUGCUCUCCGAACAAGCACAGAAGGAGUCCGACUGUGAUAAGAGAAAAAGAGCUGUGGAGCUGCAGGUACAUGUUCUGAAAGAACGAGAACAGAAGCCUGCGCUCAGCGACUACCCUAAAAAGAGCUUGGAAGCUCACUACGACCUGGCGGCCAUCUAUCAACGAAUUGGCAUGACGGAGAAGGCUCUUGGAACACUGAAAGAGCUGGAAGCCAAAUUGGAGGGGAGAAAGGAAGAGGAGCGACCUGUGACGAUUAGAAGCAAGAGAGUCCUCCCUUUUCUGUUGGCUGUUCAGUCCGACAUAGCAGCCAUUCAUUGGGCGCAAAGAAACCUGCGAGAGGCUGAAGAAAUGCAGCUAAAGCUUCUGAGAAUCCACGAGAGAGAGUACGGACCAGAUCACCCGGACACUGGAAUAUGUAGAUACAAUCUGGCCUUGACUUGGAAGAAGGAGCUUCAGAUGGCUGGAACUGGGGUGGAGCAAGCGAAGGUGGUUGGGAAAUGUGAAGCCGAGCUUGGGAAAGACUCGAAAGAAGCAAAAGAGAUGCGGGCGUUUAUUGAGAACUGA